CGGGGGUGAYCUGWUAGGGAACCGGGGCUCCCCUCCCCGCCAGGAAGGAGGGAGGAAGCGGAGGCUGAAUUAAUCCCUGCCCCAAGAACAGGAUCCAGGUGUCCGCAUUUCCUGGCCGGGMCGCCGCUUCCCGACAGCGUCCGGCUGUCCAGGGGUCCGGGACACCUCGAGAAGGUGUCCCCUGUGCCUCUGUGGGUGUGUGGCCACCUUGUCACCCAUCCCCAGGGACCGGAGCUGGGGGGAAYAACCAAAAUCCCAGAAACUGCCGAAGAGGGUGUUUUGGGGAAGGGGCUGCAUGUCCGUGGCUGCAGCCCCCCUCUCUGGCGUGUCCCAGCUGCCCCGGAGCUGCCCGGCCAUGGAAGACACCGCAGCGCUGCUGGACGCCGAGGCCGUGGGGGAUUUGGUGCUGCUGGAUCCGCUGACCGAGGAGUCGCUGCUCCGGACGCUGCAGGAGCGGUUCCGCCGCCAGGAUAUCUACACGUACAUCGGGAAUGUGGUGAUCUCGGUGAACCCGUACCAAUCCCUGCCCAUCUACACCCCGGAGAAGGUGCAGGAGUAUCACAACUGCAGCUUCUUCGCCGUGAAACCCCACAUCUACGCCAUYGCUGACGAUGCCUAUCGYUCRCUGCGGGAUCGGGACAGGGAYCAGUGCAUCCUCAUCACYGGCGAGAGCGGUGCYGGCAAGACGGAGGCCAGCAAGCUGGUGAUGUCCUACGUGGCGGCCGUGAGCAGCAAAGGGGCGGAGGUGGACAAGGUGAAGGAGCAGCUCCUGCAGUCCAACCCCGUGCUGGAGGCUUUUGGGAACGCCAAGACUGUCCGUAAUGACAAUUCCUCCCGAUUCGGCAAGUACAUGGACAUCGAGUUCGACUUCAAGGGGGAGCCCCUGGGAGGGGUCAUCAGCAACUAUCUGCUGGAGAAAUCCCGCAUCGUCCGGCACGUGAAGGGCGAGAGGAACUUCCACAUCUUCUACCAGCUCCUGGCCGGCGCUUCGGCGCAGCUGCUCCAGCAGCUGAAGCUCCGCCAGGACUGCGGUCACUACGGGUACCUGAACCGGGAGAGCUCCAGCUUGCCGGGCAUGGACGAUGCAGCCAACUUCCACGCCAUGCAGGAUGCCAUGAGGGUCAUCGGCUUCUCGCCCGCCGAGGUGACGGAGCUGCUGCAGGUGACGGCCGUGGUGCUCAAACUGGGAAAUGUCCAGCUGAGCAGCAGCUUCCAGGCCAGCGGGCUGGAGGCCUGCAGCAUCACCGAGCCCCAGGAGCUGCAGGAGAUCUGUGAGYUGAUCGGGUUGGACCCUGGCACGCUGGAGCAGGCGUUGUGCUCCCGCACGGUGAAAGCGCGGAACGAGACGGUGCUGACCACCCUGACCGUCCCCCAGGGCUACUACGGCCGGGACGCGCUGGCCAAAAACAUCUACAGCCGCCUGUUYGACUGGCUGGUGAAUCGCAUCAACACCAGCAUCCAGGUGAAAUCGGGCGAACAGAGGAAGGUGAUGGGUGUCCUGGACAUCUACGGCUUUGAGAUCUUCCAGGACAAUGGAUUUGAGCAGUUCAUCAUCAACUACUGCAACGAGAAGCUGCAGCAGAUCUUCAUCCUGAUGACGCUGAAGGAGGAGCAGGAGGAAUAUGUCCGAGAGGGCAUCCAGUGGACCCCGGUGGAGUUUUUUGACAACACCAUCAUCUGCAAUUUGAUUGAGAACAGCACCGGCGGGAUCCUGGCCAUGCUGGACGAGGAGUGYCUGCGGCCCGGCGUGGUCAACGAGGACACUUUCCUCACCAAGCUCAACCAGCUCUUCGCCACCCACAAGCACUACGAGAGCAAAGAGACGCAGAACGCGCGGCGCGUCACCGACGCCAGCCUGGCCCCGCGCUGCUUCCGCAUCCACCACUACGCCGGCAAGGUGACCUACAACGUCACGGGCUUCAUCGAGAAGAACAACGACCAGCUCUUCCGCGACCUCUCGCAGGCCAUGUGGGCAGCCCGGCACACGCUGCUGCGCUCGCUYUUCCCCGAGGGAGACCCCCAGAAGGUCUCACUGAAGCUGCCACCCACCGCGGGCUUCCAGUUCAAGUCAUCCGUUGCCAUGCUGAUGAAAAACCUCUACUCCAAAAACCCCAACUACAUCAGGUGCAUCAAACCCAACGACACCAAAUCGGCCAUGGUGUUCACGCCGGAGCUGGUGCUGGCUCAGGUGCGCUACCUGGGGCUGAUGGAGAACGUGAGGGUGCGGCGGGCGGGCUACGCUUUCCGCCAGCUCUACGGCCCCUUCCUGCARCGCUACAAAAUGCUCAGCCCCCGCACGUGGCCCCGUUGGGACGGCGGUGACAGGGAGGGUGCUGAGGUGCUGCUGGAGAGUCUGGGGCUCCCCGCUGAGGAACUGGCGUUUGGCCACACCAAGAUCUUCAUCCGCUCGCCACGCACCCUCUUCGAUCUGGAGCGGCAACGUCAGGAACGCGUUGGUCAGCUCGCCACCCUCAUCCAGAAAAUGUUCCGGGGCUGGCGGUGCCGGACCCAGUACCAGCUGAUGCGCAAGAGCCAGAUCCUCAUCUCCGCCUGGUUCCGAGGCCACAGGCAAAAGAACCAGUACAAGCAGAUGAAGCGGUCAGCGCUGAUCCUGCAGGCGUACGCGCGGGGCUGGAAGUCUCGCCGGCUCCUCCGGGAGCUGAAGCACCAGCGCCGAUGUCACGCAGCCGCCAGCACCAUCGCCGCUCACUGGAGAGGGUACCAGGUGCGCAGGACMUACAGGAGGUGUUUCCGUGCCGGCGCCAGCUCCUGCCUGGCCAACUUCAUCUACCGGCGGCUGGUGCAGAGAUACCUGGCGGGGCUGGCGAAAAACCUCCCGCCGCUAUCGGUGACCGACCGGACCUGGCCGUCGGCGCCGUACAGAUUCCUGGAUGACGCCAACAUGGAGCUGAAAAACAUCUUCUACCGCUGGAAGUGCAAGAAGUACCGGGACCAGCUGCCACCAUCGCGCCGGACGCAGCUGCAGGCCAAGCUCUGCGCCAGCGAGCUCUUCAAGGACAAGAAGACCCUCUACCCAAAAAGCCUGCAGCAGCCUUUCCGCGGGGAGUACCUGGGGCUGAAGCAGAACCCCAAGUACCAGAAGCUCCACGCCGUGGCCAAGGACAAGCUGGUGAUGGCCGACGGGUCUCCCCUCCCUUUGCUGCCUUUCUCCUCCUGCACUCAUCAAGCCUUCAGAGCGGGUUUUUAUCCUGUCCCCGCACAUCACCCGCGUUACCUUCGGGAGCUGCCAACUCCCCGUCACGUCCCCAUCAGCACCAGCUCCCAGGUGGGCCCCGGAGCGCUGUUUGUCGUGCACGAAGAGUGA